GUUGUCGCGAUUGAUGGAGACAGGUUCGUGUGUGCUUCUGCGGCAGGUUCCCGCUGCGUAUACGCGUCUUGUGUGUUGCAGCAGUGUGCAGUGCCGUGAAUUGUGUUAAUUGGAAGAUCUGCAGGCAUGCAUAUUUUUAUAUUAAAUCGCCAUGUUCCCGCUGCUGGACAAGCUGCGUUUCCUGUACCCCGCGUACGUACUAGCCAUCGUGUCGCUGGGGUACCUGCUGGCCGAGCUGGGGCACUUCAUGAUCGGCGUGACGAGCAAGGCCACUGCCCAGGAUCUGCACUACGGCGACAUCAGCUGCCAGCUUAACAUGUCGGAUGUUCUCAUCGCCGACCUUCCAGAGGUCUGCGAGAACGCCACCACACCGGAUGCGUGUGCGCUGCUGGAGUUGAAUGGCACCAGCUACUGUGAGUGGACUUAUAAUGGUCUUGGGCUUGACUACCAGAUCCUGGCAGGCCCAAACUUCAUUGCUGUGUAUACAGUUGUGGGUGUCAUUUUGGGCAUAGUGGCUGAUAGGUUCAACAGGGUACGUGUGUUGGCUGUUUGCACUUUGGUCCUCAGUGUUGCCAUCCUGCUCAUGGGCUCAGUCAAGGAGUUCUGGCAUCUUGUGCUCCUGCGGAUGGUACUUGCUGCUGGGGAAGCAGGGUGCAACCCCAUGUCAACUGGAAUCCUAUCAGACAUAUUUAGUGAAGACAAGCGAGGUCUUGUCAUGUCCAUCUUCAACUGGGGCAUCUAUGGUGGGUACGGCAUUGCCUUCCCUGUUGGCAGAUAUGUCCCAGCGAUGAACACGUGGGAUCUGGGUUGGCGUCUCUGCUACUAUGGAGCUGGCAUUGUUGGCCUCAUCAUCACAUUACUGACAGCCUUCACUUUGCGGGAGCCUGCACGACAGACCAUUGGAGAAGAAAGUGGUACAAAUGCAAAUGAUUCUGUUGUGGAAGCAGAAGAGGAUAAUACACCCAAGUCUGGCCAGUGGAAAGUGAUGUUUCAACCGCGGGUAGUUAUGUUAUGCAUUGCAGCCUCCAUUCGACAUACAGGGGGUCUCUGCUUUGCAUACAACUGCGAUCUGUAUUACCAGACCUACUUUCCAGACUAUGAUCUUGGAUGGUGGCUUUUUGCUGUCACCAUAAUUGUUGGCAGUAUUGGUGUUGUGUUUGGCGGUGUAGUAUCUGACAAGUUUGUCGCCAAGAUGGGCAUCCGGUCCCGAGUGGCUGUCCUUGCCAUAAGUCAGCUGAUUGCGACGCCAUUUGCGUACGGGAGCGUCUACUUUGACCCACUGUGGGCUCUCAUCACCCUUGCCAUCUCAUAUUUCUUUGCUGAGAUGUGGUUCGGCAUCGUGUUUGCCAUCCUGGUGGAGAUUGUGCCGCUGUCUGUGCGGUCGACAACAGUUGGGGUUUUCUUGUUUGUGAUGAAUAACGUUGGGGGCAAUUUACCCAUUCUGGUUGACCCUGUAUCCAAGGCUUUAGGCUAUCGAGAGGCUCUAUACAUCUUUUAUGGAGGCACCUACCUCAUCAGCUCUGUUAUGUUCCUUCUGACCAUGUUCCUGAUGGGUGGACCACAGUCACAACAGAAGCAGGACAAGCCCGAGGACAUGGGCCAUGAAAAUGCAGGCUUCACUUUGGAGAAGAUUUCAGAAAUUAACGGGACAGCGAAUAGACAGGCUGUAGAGAGCAGCAGACUAUGAGAGGACAUGAGACUGAACAUAUGCAUGAGUCAGUGUAGAGCUGUAUGACUUGGUAUCAUGGCAACAGAUUUAUGUUGCAAUGUCUACAUCAUUUUCAUGUGACAGUCAGUGGUAUUACUGUAUUUGACCCUUGUUGAAAGGAGGUACCUAUAGACAAUUAUUAUGCUUACUCUAUUAGGCUGUUUUGCCAGAACUUUCCAAGUUCAUAGCAAGCUUAUUGAGUGAAAUCGUUAUUUUGAAGUUAUUUUGAAGGACUCUGAUGUGUGAAGUGUAUCAGUGCAAGGGUUAUCCAUGGGAACUGUAACUAGAAAUGAGAAUUGUUAUGCUUUCCCAUUGAAAUUUCGAUGGGCAGUGGGCUAGAUGCAAAAAUGUAGAAGAUUUAGGUGUGAGGUUUGAAAACUUGGUAAUGCAUCUAAUUAUAUCAGCUAAUGAAAAAUAUUACUUAUACUUCGCAGAUGAUUUCACUAAUUGCUUGUGAAGAGUAUGCUAACAUAUGUUGGCAUUAAAAUUUUCUAAAUUAAGUUUACUGCCAAGAAUGCAGAUGGAUGGCACAUCCUGAUGUAAGCCUAAACAUCUGUGAUGAGGUUAUGUUAUUCUACCACCUCAUUUUGGAUAAAAACAUUUCAGGAGUAGGCUAUGCUUCCAUCAACAUGUAAACUCAUGAAACCAAUUCUGUUGGAUCUUAUUAAAUGGAGGUCAUCUCCAUAUUUGGUCCAGGGUCUCCAGCCCUUUUUGGCUUAUGUGAGCAGGCCCACAGUGCUUUCACUAAUUAAGCUCAUCACAACAUUAUCACUACCAGCAUUCUUGGAAACAGAAUGCUUUAUGACUGGAGGGGAAGUACAGGAAGCAUACCCGUACUGGAAGAGGAAGCUUAAGAGCUGAGGGAGAUGUGGAGGCAGGUGGUCUACAGAACUUCUUUCCCUGACCAUAGCACAGGGAAAACAACUUGGCCGAGACUCAACAUUGCUCUGUGAAACGUACAUAAAUGCAGUGAUAGCAAUAUAUCUAAUUAUGAAAUUUCAGUGUUUUAAAGAUGAGUAGAUUAUAUCAGUUGUCACAAAUGUUUUCCUUUAAAUUUUAUACUAAAAUUUAUUGUAGUUAACACUGUGAAGAACAGAUUCCUUGUAAAUAAUAUUUAAAAAUUUAUUUCCUACUUCACAAGAAACAAACAGUUUCUGCAUCAUGAAGACCAGAGAGUUAAUCCUUUUUUGGAGAAAUGAUUACUGUUUGUUCUCAGAAUCAUAUAAAACACAUAAGUACAACCUGUUGAUUGUUCUUCAAUGUUAAAGAAGGUGGCUCAUAUAGUAACCACUGGACUUUAGAGGAUUAAUCAUUAAGCUGAAGUUUGAAUUCUAUUUUCCAUAUGGUGCCUAUUUACAAAUUCAGUGUACAUUCUUUUUCAUAUGUGAUUGACCUUGACUAGGACAACUUGAAAAUGAAAUUUAUUGUUGCUGAGUAGGUCAUUGUCAGUUGCUGAAUACUGAACAGUAAUCAAAUCUGCCCAAGAGGUAAAGAUAGUUUUGAGUAAAUCAGCAUUUCAUGUUUCAGCUCAUAUUGUGUGAUAUCUUGAAGAACAUGGCAUUAUUUUCCUGAAUAUACCAACUGUGCAGUUUCAUUUAGGGAGAUGGUCUUCAUAAAUUACCACAUUUUGGUUUUGUUAAGACAUGUUAAGUAUGUUAAGUAUGUAAACAUGUUUGUUAAGUAUGACCAACAGCUGGUGGCAAAUGACUGUGCAAGAUUUGCCUGAAAGAUGGAAGGAGGAAAACAGAAAGGGGUUCUGCUGUCCAUAAAUGUUAACAGUGGUACAGCAGUGUGUUUGCCUCUGUUCAUUUUCUCUUUUCUAAAAAAUCAUUAUGGAAGUUCUUGUGAUGCAUUUUCUUUUUAACUAGUACAUGGUGGUAUGCAUACCUACCAAUGCUGCUACCAAGCAUGAGAAUAUUGGGAAAUGUAUUUCUCUUUAUGAAAAGAGCUCUGAAUAUAUCACUUUGUUAUAUGUUCUGAAAAAGAAUGGAGAAAUUUGUGAUGUACUGAUCUAACGGUCUAUGAAACAAAAACAGUUUAAGCAACAAACUAUAAACAAAAUCAUCAUGAGGAUAAAUGCUUUUGGUCUGUACUGCUGUGACUGACUGGAAGCAAUCUGCAUAUCCUGUGGGCUGGGUCACAGCUUACCUGACACCCCACAAGGCAUAUUUAGAGGGAUUCAUUUUCAAAUGCUGCAAUAUGUGAGUAUGUGUGUACAUGAACCACAAAUUCUUGGUCACUUGCUACCUGUAUCUAUAGGCCAGUCACAAUGAAGAAAUGGCAUGACAGUGAGAGACAAAACUAGUUUACAUGUUUGCUUCUCACCAACUUACUUACAUAAUUGAUAUUUUAAUUGUACAUGUUACUGGUUUAGAAAAAUUGAGAUGUACAUUUUCUACAAACUAUUUUUUUUUUAAUUUUGAGAUGCAAGCUUAAAAUGAUAAUGAUCACAAAGAUUUGAAGAUAAUAUCAAAAUGGAUCUUAGAGAAAUAGAAUGAGGGGAUUGGGAUUAGAUUCAUCUGUCUCAGGGCAGGGACUUCUGGUGGUCUCUUGUGAACAUGGUAAUGAGUCGUAGGGUGCUAUGGGAAUUGUUUGACUGAGUGACUGUUAGCUCCUGAAAAAGGACUCUCCUCCAUGGAAUUAGUUAAGCUUGAAAUAUUUACCAUCUUUGUUGUGGCAACACCCCUGCCAUCUGAAGUUGCAAGCAGACUCAAGUGAGGUACAAAUUGUUGUUUGAUGUUAUGGGGUUUCUGGACUUUGUCUGUUGUCUAGUAAUCUGAACAGAACACAACUUUUCUGAAAUUGGACUUGUUGCCAUCCUCAGAUGAGAAGGUGAGGAGGCUGAUACCAUAACUCUAACCACCGCUUGUUGAUUUGGUACUCUGUUGAGUUAGAAAUGCCAUUAAAUUAAUGUUGUGGGUAGUGACAACAAUUCUGAGAUGAGGCUAGAAAUAUGUUCCUUAGUUUUGAGACUUCACAGGAAUUUGUGUUCAUGUUACAGUGGUGACAUCAUAUCUUGUAUAGCAUCUAGUCUCUCUUUUGUAUGUACAUGUCAUGACAGAAUAUAGAGAUAUUAAGCUCA